AUGGAGCGUCCAAUGGGACAAAAAGCAGCAAAAAGGAAGGGUAAGGCAUCCGAAAUUCCAAAUGCAACGCAAGAUGCAAAGAAUAAAAGAGCAAUAGCAAUGGACAGACUUGCGCAAGCUAAGGAGGACGAGCUAGAAUUAAGGGUAGUGCAAAUGAUGAUGAAAGACACUUCUACUAUGAAUGAUAGUCAACGAGAUGUUCAUGAAAAAUAUUGUAAUAAGAUGGAAAAAAAAUAUGGAAUGUAG